AUGGGGCAAAAGCAAUCGGCAGUGCAGUCGACCUUUUUCUGCCCGUCAACCGGCGAGGAAGUUGAGACCCCUCUCGGCCUUUGCGUUCGCUGCCAGGCGGCGCACGACAUUAUCUUACAGUCGGUUUUCGUCUGCCCCAAUACCGGCUACCGGAUAGAGUCAAUCUCUCGACGACCAGACAAGGAGUGUCCAUCGUGUUUCCAGAUACAUCAACCAUACAGCAAACAAGUAUACAUAUGCCCCGUAACGGGUGCGCAAAUACCACAUCCGCGAGAGACGGGAGGGAGGUGUCAGAAAUGCAAUCGGAGCCAUGAGGACAACUCGACGCCCAUGGGGAGCAGAGAGGCCGUGAUGGCAAGGGGGUUAAAGGAUUGA